CUCGGCCUCCGGCUUCCCCGCCCCGAGUCAGAGAUGGCGGCAACCGUGAGCCUGGAGCCCCCGGGCCGCAGCUGCUGGGACGAGCCGGUGCGCAUCGCCGUGCGCGGCCUGGCCCCCGAGCAGCCGGUCACGCUGCGCGCGUCCUUGCGCGACGAGAAGGGCGCGCUCUUCCGGGCCCACGCGCGCUACCGCGCGGACGCCAACGGCGAGCUGGACCUGGCGCGCGCGCCCGCGCUGGGUGGCAGCUUCGCGGGGCUCGAGCCCAUGGGGCUGUUCUGGGCCCUGGAACCCGACAAGCCUUUUUGGCGCUUUCUGAAGCGCGACGUGCAGACGCCGUUCGUCGUGGAGCUGGAGGUGCUGGACGGCCACGAGCCCGAGGCCGGGCGGCUCCUGGGCCGGGCGGUACACGAGCGCCACUUCCUGCGGCCCGGGGUGCGGCGGGAGCCGGUGCGCGCGGGCCGGGUGCGCGGCUCGCUCUUCCUGCCGCCAGGACCUGGACCUUUCCCAGGGAUCAUUGACAUCUUUGGUUUGGGAGGAGGCUUGUUGGAAUAUCGAGCCAGCCUCUUAGCUGGCCAUGGCUUUGCCACAUUGGCUCUAGCUUAUUAUGACUUUGAAGAUCUCCCCAAGGAAUUGAACAGCUUACACCUGGACUACUUUGAAGAAGCCCUGAGCUACAUGCUUCAACACCCCCAGGUUAAGGGCCCAGGCAUUGGGCUUCUGGGCAUUUCUCUAGGGGCAGAUAUUUGUCUCUCAAUGGCCUCAUUCUUGAAGAAUGUCUCAGCCACAGUUUCCAUCAAUGGAUCUGGGUUCAGUGGAAACAAUGCCAUACACUAUAAGCAGACUAGCAUACUACCAUUGGGCCAUGACCUGAGGAGAAUCAAGGUAGCUUUCUCAGGCAUCCUGGAUAUUGUGGAUAUGCGGAAUGAUAUUAUAGGAGGGUAUGAGAACCCCAGCAUGAUUCCAUUAGAGAAGGCCCAGGGGCCCAUCCUCUUCAUUGUUGGUCAGGAUGACCAUAACUGGAAAAGUGAGUUAUAUGCCCAAAUAGCCUCUGAACGGUUACAGGCCCAUGGAAAGAAAAAACCCCAGAUCAUCUCUUACCCUGGGACUGGGCAUUACAUUGAACCUCCUUACUUCCCCAUGUGCCCAGCUUCCCUGCACCGAAUAGUGAAGAAACCUGUGAUCUGGGGCGGGGAGCCCAGGGCUCAUUCUAAGGCCCAGAUAGAUGCUUGGAAGCAAAUUCUAUCCUUCUUCUGCGAACACCUGGGAAAUAUAAAGAGAGCUUCUUCCAAUUUGUAAUAUAUUUGUCUAUUAUGGACAGGAAAGAUUCAAGGUCAGAUUCCAGUUUUCACUAACCCUAUGUGAAUCAGUUGUCCCCUGGAUAACAUUAAAUUUAUGUCUUUGCCAUUAAUGCUGAAUUUUAGGUAACUUCAUUGAAUUUUUAUUUGACAUUAAUUUUACUAAUGUAACACAUGCUUGUUGUGGACAAUUCAGAGGUAUACAACACACAAAAAUAAAAAGCAUCCU